CACGCCGCGACCUCGGGCCACGGGGGUAAGCAAAGGGUUAGCCACACACACGAGUCGGAGAUGUCGCCGCGGCCGCACUUCCUGGUGCUCACCUUCCCCUUCCAGGGCCACAUCACCCCGGCGCUCCGCCUCGCCAGGCGGCUGCUCGCGGCCGCGCCCGACGCGCUCGUCACGUUCUCCACCACCGAGGAUGCGCACGCCCGCAUGUUCCCGGCCAAGUCGUCGACGGCGGGGCUCCCGGACGGCGCCGCCGAGCGCGAUUUCGACGGCAGGCUCGAGUUCCUCCCGUUCUCCGACGGCACCGGGGGCGGGUACGUCCGGAGCAGCGACCCGGGCGCGUUCAACUCCUAUAUGGCGUCCUUCCACGCCGCGGGCGCGCGCAGCGUCGGGGAGCUCGUGGACGCGCUCGCCGCGCGGGGCCGCCCCGUCUCCCGCGUGGUGUACACGCUUCUGCUCCCGUGGGCGGCCGACAUCGCGCGCGAGCGCGGCGUCCCGUCCGCGCUCUACUGGAUCCAGCCGGUGGCUGUGUUCGCCAUCUACCACCACUACUUCCACGGCCGCGCCGGCGUCGUGGACGAGCACCGCGGCGACCCGUCGUUCGUCGUGGAGCUCCCAGGCCUGGCGCCUCUGGCGGUCGGGGACCUGCCGACCUUCAUCACCAUGUCCACCGACCCUUCUGAUCCCCUCCACAGCGCGCUCACCACGCUCCGGAACCUGUUCGAUACUCUCGACCGGGAGAUCCCCCAGGCUACCAUCCUCGUCAACACGUGCCAAGAACUCGAGUUGGGCGCGCUCGCCGCAGUGGGAGCGCACGACGUGCUCCCUGUCGGCCCGGUGCUCCCGUCCGGCGACGAGGCCGGCCUCUUCAAGCAGGACGACGCCAAGUACAUGGAGUGGCUCGACGGCAAGCCGGCGAACUCCGUGGCGUACGUUUCCUUCGGAAGCCUGGCUACCAUGGCGAGGGAGCAGCUGGACGAGCUGCUUCUUGGCCUCGAAGAGAGCGGAAGGCCCUACCUCUGCGUUGUCCGGAAGGACAUCAAGGCGGAGCUCGCAGAAGCCAAUGCGGAGAUUGAUGACAGACUCAAGAAUGGCAUGGUGGUGGAGUGGUGCGACCAGGUGCAGGUGCUCUCCCACGCGGCGGUGGGAUGCUUCGUGACGCACUGUGGGUGGAACUCGGUGUUGGAGAGCCUGGCGAGCGGAGUGCCCAUGGUAGGGGUGCCCCGGUUGUCGGACCAGAGCAUGAAUGCCCUGCUCCUCGAGCGUGAGUGGCGCGUUGGAGUGCGAGCCGAGGUGGACAGGGGCGGCGUGUUGCGCGCGACCGAGGUGAGGCGGCGCAUUGAGGAGGUGAUGGGGGAGGGGAAGGCCGCGAAAGAGGUGCGACACAUGGCGGGGGAGUGGAAGCGGGUAAUCGCAGACGCUAUGGGAAAAGGAGGGUCGUCCGAUCGUAAUCUUAUGGUAUACAUGGAAGGUGCAAGGAAUGGAAUUUGAAGAUUGACUUGUGUUCUUUCUGUGAAUUAUGACUCCAUGUAGGAGAGAGAUGCACUAGGAUCCUUCACAUAGUGAUGAGGUAGCUUACGGUGGAUUUGACUACUUCGAGUGGAAUGACCCGAAGCUAUUUCGCUCUAAAGUGCGAUGAUAA